AUGAGAGUUCCCGUGACAAUUGCUACUCUUUGCCUCGUUUCAUCAUAUCACGUAUCUGGCACUCCUUCUACACCGCGUUUUUCAAGGGGAGUGAAUUUGUUGAGCUCAAGGGACUACAACGGCACGCUGAGCCCCGUCAUUGCCGAAUUUCAAGAAGUCAUCAGCAGACAUGCCGGACUAGAACAGCUCGGCAAUGCCAUCUUCACCGAAGUGCCAAACAAGUAUCCCUACAACGAGACCCCAGACGGCAAGCAGCCAGUCCAUAACUUCACCGACUUCCUCGUCGUCUUGGAUCAUAUCAUCAAGAGGGGCCCAGAGUUUUCGAACAGCAAAGAUCCCCCAACAGCACCCAGCGUUAUCGGCGUUCCCAUCAAUGCCAUCCUGGACUGGCCAAUGGGAACGAUAUCUGGUUACAAUUUUUUCCUCUCGCCGAUCGUCAAUAAACAGCUGCACAACGUUCUUUCGCAAUGGUCGAAGUACCUGGCAUCACCGGCUUCACAAAGUGUUCUGGAUGGGUGGCUAGGUUCUACUGGCAAAGCGGUCAUUACGGCCGUCGCCAACGACGGCAAAACGAACUACACUUUCGAGCAGCUCUUCGCCUGUCCGAACAUCUCAGCACCACAUCUCGGCUUCAAGUCAUGGGAUGAGUACUUCGUCCGUCCCUUCAACGAAGGCAUUCGCCCCACAGAAGCACCAGACAACGGUCCACCUGACCCUCGCUACCCGGAUACAAGGCUGGUCAUUGACAAUGCAUGCGAGUCCGCUCCGCUGCAAGUCAAGCACAACGUCAGCUUCUACGACAGCUUCUACCUCAAAGAACAGCCUUACUCGUUGGUCAACAUGCUCAACUUCGCCCCUGAAGCUCGCCAGUUCGUCGGUGGGACGGUCUAUCAGGCAUAUCUCAGCGCUUUAUCAUAUCAUCGAUGGCACGCACCAGUCAGUGGAAAGGUUCUCAAGAUCGAGCAAGUCCCCGGCACUUAUUACAGCGAGAACAUCUUCUACGGCUUGGCGGGCAACACCACGGAUCCAGACCCGGGUGCCCCUGAUUUCUCACAGCCGUACAUCAGUGCUGUGGCCACGAGGUCGAUCGUGUACAUCCAGGCGAAGAGCCCUAAGAUUGGGACGAUGGCAAUCGUCUUCAUCGGCAUGGCAGAAGUCUCCAGCUGUGAGUUCAUAGUCAAAGAGGGCGAUGAAAUCAUCAAGGGCCAAGAGAUUGGCAUGUUUCAUUACGGAGGCAGUUCACAUUGCCUUGUGUUCCAGCCCGGAGUUGAUCUGAACUUCGUCAACCCUCCACCUUGGGACACCGCGGACGUGGAUACAGAGAAGACUUUCAACGUGAAGAGUGCAUUAGCUGUCGUUUCGUAG